UUCUUACAGUUGUUCAACAAAUCGGUCGUUCAAAAUUCGUGUUCACAAAAACAAAAAUUUUCAGUUUUUUUUCCGAAAAAAAUUUUAAGAAAUUUUAACCAGCUUUACGAUGUGUUGUAAGUCAUGCGAAGAACAACCAGCAUCAUGCUGCUCGAUUUUCUAUGCAUUUUUCUGCAUGGGAGCAGGAUUCUUUAUGUUUAGCUUCUCGCUGCACAAUGUAAUUAUAUCAGAAGAAUCUAUUACCAUUAUGGAUUGGUUUAUGCACAUACAUGGUACUGACUUGACGGAUAAUCAGCUUUCGAUAUUAUACGGUUUGGAUUUAAUUUUUGCCUUUACGUAUGUGGCCGCAGGAGUUUUGCUAGCGUUGGGAAUCAAAAGGCAAACAAAGGGAUGUAUCAAGGCCGGAAAGAUCUUAAGCUAUUUCUUUCCAAUAUAUAACAUAGUUUAUGUAUUUCCCUUAAUUAUACAUAUUGGCUGUGUGUUAAAAUUAUGCAGAUAUCUGAAGGAAAACUUUGAUUAGUAGUAGUUGGAUAUUCGCAAACCUAAUAAAUUGGACGAUAUCAAAAUUGAAUGACACAAGGAUGCAACAGGAUUUAUAUAUAUGUAUAUACAUAAUUGUGGACUAACUAACCUUUACAAUAGUUAACAGAA